UUGCUUAUUUGAGGAUCUCAGAGGAGGUCAAGCUGCCUUCAAUGAAGGGAAGAUCGAAGACUCUCGGAACCGAGCCACCAAUCCACUUCUGUUCCAAUCAACGACGCCCCUUAUGCCGUGCCUCGUUCUCACCGGGCUAUCCCAGCGUUCACACAUCGCUUUUUGAGACAUGUUGUCCCUAACAUAUCCAUGCACCACAGUUGGAGUGUGCGAUUACUUGACACGGUCAAGACGGCGCAUGUUCUAAAAGUAUCGCCUGAGAAAGAUCAGUGCCUGGACAUUCGAUAUUGGGACAAUAUGGAUGUCAGAUGCAACGGCUACACCGAAGGAACGUGGGGUUGUAUACUGUCAAGAAUCAUGAAGCCGGUUGACGCUGGCCUUGGGAAAUACGCAUGGGAAGCAGGGAUAUCAAUACGGACCGGAGACAUCGAGCCACAGUGGGUAUAUCUUACCUAUAUCCUAGAACCAAGGCUCAGCUGGAUAUCUAGCUUGAAUGGUUGCGAUGACGCAGGCGUUGGAAGAUCCUUCAUUUUAGAUGACGGCGACAAAGUCAGCGCUCAUUCAUACCACCUGACCACAGCAAAUCCGAACCAAAAAGUGAUUUCCCGAACCCUUCAUCACUCAAUUCCUUCACGCGGUGUUUUCGUUCUCAUCCAACCGCAACGGAUCGCAUUUCUCUCCGGACCAUUGUGAAGGUCUCGCCUUCCUUUGGCCCAUUUUCGCCACCGGCAGCACAGUCAGGACACGGUACGAUCAGUACCGGGAUAAUAGUCGAGGGAGGCAUUUCUGGCAGCGACUGUACGAUCUUCGAGCGUCUAUCAAGCGAUAUGUCUGAUCCGAAGGAAACACCGGAGCGGGGAGCUAGAGAUGCGAAUGCGAGGCCUGAUGACUUAGUCGAGGGUAGUACUUUUCAUGGAGGGUAGCCGAGAUACUCCUCGCUACGGGUUUUCGAGAAGGAUCACGGGGU